GAAAUCAUUAGAAACGGCUAGAGUCAUGAGAAUUGAAUGGGCCCUCUAACUUUUUAUAUUUACGAAGAGGUAACAAAACAAACUCCCACUGACCCAUCAUCCAUCUAUCUGAUACUGAUGCAUUAUUUGGGUGCCAUAAAUUGAGAUAAGAAUAAGCAGUUGAAGGGGUUAAUGGCUGGUAGGUUGCCUGGUGUUGGGUUGCUUGCAAGGAAGAGAACAGAGCAGAACCAUAGAUAUGAACACCAACACCAUGCCACAUGCCGACAAUCCUAUCACCUUGGAGAAUCAUCAUUGGAACCACCAUGGAUACCACUCACUGUCUUAGAUGAAACUGCUCUCAAGGCCAGACAAAGGCUUCACAAGAAGCUUGGACACUUCUUUUCCUCAUACAGGUCAAGUGAGAAUCCAAGAAAAGAAGGAAAAGUAAACCAAAGCAGCUACGAGAAGAAGGAUGGAGGAAUAGGUCGGAAGUUGUUAGAGAGUUCAUGGUUGUUGCGUGGCAACAAGUUUAAGAAAGAUAGAAAAGUGUGUGCUGUGUGCCUAGAAGAUUUGGGGCAAGAGCAACAGCUUAUGAACCUUUCAUGCUCCCAUAAGUACCAUUCAGCAUGCCUUCUUCCCUGGCUUGCAGCCCAUCCCCAUUGCCCUUAUUGUCGAACCCCAGUUCAGCCCUGACCUCAUAUUCAAGGGUCAAGACUCAGUAUAUGGUGCCUUGUAGAAAGGACAAAAAUAUCAAAGUUUUAUCUAGUAUUGCAAUUUGCCGCACAUUUUUCUUGUUACUGAUUGCCUAGGAAAUUUGAUUGCUCUUCUCAGGUAUUGGUGGAUAUCCCCUAUUGUAAUACACCAUGCUCUUCAAAAGAUUGAAAUUAUACACUAUCCCCCAAGAAGGCAAUAACUAUCCCUUCUUGCUUGCAUGAAAAAAAAGGACCAUGUUUCUAACUCAUCAA